AUGACUUUAGUUAAUGGAACUUACAUUUUACCUGAGAAAAAUGUAACAAAUUCUUUAGUUGAUAAAAGAUCAACAGCAUCAGCAAUAAGUUGGACUGAUCCAUAUGAUGAUAAUAAACUUUUUAUAUCAGAUGCAUGGACAUCUCUUUUAGAAGACUAUGCAUUAAGUAAAACAAACCGGAUGUCACGUAUGGAAGGACAAUAUCAACAACAUUUUAUACCAUCAUCAAAUUUUUAUAUUACCAGACGAGUUGAUGAAUCAGAAAAUGAUGCAAUUAAUAAUAAUAAACGUCCUCCGCGAAUAGGAAAUUUUCCAAAUUUAUUAGGCAACGGUGGCCCACCAAAUACACCGUUACCACCACCUCCACCAAUACAGUCAAAUACAGGAAAUUUAAAUCGACAAUUUUUCCAAUCAGUUAAUAAUAAACCGUUACGUGAAGUAUCUGAAACGGAUUUGUAUUUACUAGGUGCUAUGGAAAAAUUAGUUUAUCGUAUGGAUUAUCUAGAAAGCCGUGUACGUAGAUCGGAACAAUUGAUUUAUUAUCUAAUGGCUGGAAAUAACCAAAACAAGAGAGAAGAUAUCGUACCUGAUCCAUGCCCUAAAAAUUUCACUAAAGUUGGAGAUAAUUGUUAUCAUUUAUCAGAGCAGCAAUUAAAUUGGAAAUCAGCAAAUUCAAUAUGCAAAUCAAUGAGCUCACAUUUAGCUGAAUUUGAAUCUAUUUCAGAAAAUGAAGAUAUUGUUGCAUAUGUUUUAAAUCAUCCACAUCAUAGAGGUAAAGAUUUUUGGUUAGGUGGAUUAAAUCCUGGUUUAUUAUGGAUAUGGUCAAAUUCUGCUAAACCUGUUAAUCCAAAUACAAAUUUAACAUCAAUAGCAAGUACUUAUCAAAAUUCAACAAAUGAUUUUAAUAAUAAGGGGGAAACAACGAAAGAUAUAAAUAAUAAAAUAUUAAAUAAUAUUAUGGAAAUUAGAGGUAAUGGAAGAUGUCUUAGACUUUCAUAUAAUCCACCAAAACAUACAUACUUUUAUUAUGGUCAAGAAUGUACAUCAAGACAAAAUUUUAUUUGUGAAUUUGAAGAUAAAACAAUUGAAAAUCAAAUAAAAAAAGUUGGACGACAAUUGAAUUUAUUUUAA